ACGUCCCCACUUCAUGUGGUCUGCUUUGAGUCUUCCUCUUUUACUGUCAUGUUUUUGAGCUUUCUCUGCUUUUGUUUACUGCUCCUUCCCCAAGAUUGCAUCUUUCGCGCUCCUUUCGUCCUUCUGUAAUAGAAAACUCCCGCCUAACUAAACUCCGCCGUCAUCAUGGCUCCACCGCAACAAUAACUCAUUUCUUCUUCUUCUUCCUCCAAUCCAAUAAAAACUCAAAUUUUAUUAUAUAUGGUCGCAGUUAAGCCCAUGAUUUCACCGGCUGCGAUCAACUUCCAUCAUUUUUUUAUGAACUUCUGCCUCUAAACGAGAGGUUUUCUUCUGCUCCAUAAAUUUAUAUGAGGAAGUUGAAGAAGAUUUCGAAGAUUGUUUUCUGUUUAUAGAAUUCAGGAAAACAGGAUGGUUUUUGAGAAGGGAUUCUCAGAAGAGGAAAAGAAGAGGAAGGAAAGAUGUAUUCUUGUCGGAUUUCGAAUUGAUGGCGAUGGAAGAAAAUUGCUUAGCUGGGCUCUUACGAGCAUCGCCAAAGAAGGCGAUUUUGUAAUGGCUGUUAAUGUUUCUCGGAAUGAUACAGAAGUAAGCAAAACCCCAACUCUUACUUUGUUCAGAAUCUUAAAUGAGUUCAUGACAGAGCAUGAGGAUCUCUGUAAUAAGAAGAAGGUAAUUCUUGCAGGCCGCAUCGCUCGUGGAAAUUCCAUUAAGAGAAUUUUGGUAAAAGAAGCAGAGCUCUGUGCAGCGAAGGCAGUUGUUCUAGGAGCAAACAAGAACUUCUCUUUUGGGUGCUCAACUUCUCUAGCUCAGUAUUGUGCGAAGAAACUCCCUUCAACUGUUUCUGUAAUUGCAGUUCAUAAGGAGCAAGUAGUCUUUGAAAGAGCAGCAACUAAACUGAAACCAAUCUCAGGAGGAGAAGAGAAGCGGAAUCUUAGAAGUUUCUUGCAUCCAAAUCUUGGCAUGGAUGCUAAACCCAUGGCUCCAACUUCUGCUCGAAUAUCAUGCGAUCAAAAAAAGAAAACAGUGAAUAAAACCACAAAAGAAACGAAGGAUUACUGUCUUAUUUCUUAUGAUAAGAUGAGAAAAACCAAUAGAAAUUCAGUUUCAGCAACUUCAAGACAGUUGCCUGAACCCAAGGAUUACUGCCUUAUUUCUUAUGAAAAGUUAAGCAACCGUAAUUCAGUUUCAGUACUGCAAAGAAAGUUGCCUGAACGGAAACCCGGUUGGCCGCUGCUGUGCAAAUCAAUGGCAGCAAAAACUGAAACUUUGCAAGGCAGUGAAGGAAGAAAAAUGUCUGUAGUCCAAUGGGUGAUGAACUUGCCAGACAGAUCUAUGCCUUUUACAAAAUCAGAGAUUAAUCUAAUCAAGGAGUUGGAGAGAAUUCUGAAACUAAAUUCUUCUGCCUGCAAGUUUUUUAAGUAUGAGGAGCUACAGAAUUCUACUAAUUUCUUCUCACAAGAAAAUUUGAUUGGGAAAGGAGGAAACAGCCAAGUUUAUAUUGGUUGUCUUCCAAAUGGUCAUCAAGUGGCAAUCAAAGUAUCAAAGUUCUCUGAAAAAUCAUCAAGAGAUUUUCUUCUUGAGGUAGAUAUCAUCACCAGGCUUCAGCAUAAGCGCAUCAUGUCUUUAGUUGGUAUUUGUGUUGAAGAUAAAAAUCCUAUCUCUAUCUACUCUUUAUGCUCUAGAGGAAGCCUGGAAGACAACCUCCAUGGUAAAAGAUCCAAGGCUUCACUAGAUUGGGAGAUGAGGUUUCAGGUGGCAGUUGGAGUUGCAGAAGCUUUGGACUAUCUACAUAAUGGCUGCUCAAGACCUGUGAUUCAUAGAGAUGUGAAGUCUUCUAACAUUCUUCUUUCUGAUAAAUGUAAACCAAAGUUAUCUGAUUUUGGUUUAGCCAUAUGGGGGCCCACCACAUCACCAUGCCUAACUCAUGGUGAUGUUGUUGGAACUUUUGGAUAUAUAGCUCCUGAGUACUUUAUGUAUGGAAAAGUCAGCAUCAAGGUUGAUGUUUAUGCCUUUGGUGUAGUUUUACUUGAACUCCUCACUGGUAGAAAGCCAAUCAAUGAUGAGAGUCCAAAAGGGCUGGAGAGCUUGGUCAUGUGGGCUAUACCAAUAUUAGAGAGGGGAGAUGUUGUGGAGUUAUUGGAUCCUAUUCUUGAUGGCAAGUAUGAGGAGGAUCAGAUGAAAAGGAUGGUUUGUGCUGCGUCGCUUUGUAUUAGAAGGGCAGCUCGUCGCCGACCUCAGAUGAAUCAGGUAUUGGAGAUUCUUCGUGGAGAACAAGAGAUUGAGCCAUGGAUGAGCUCGAAUGUCAAUAAUAAUCUCAACGAGCAAGAUGGCCAAGAAGAAGAAGCUUAUCCAAGUUUAAGCAUUGGGCCACACAUAGACCUUGCUUUGCUUGAUGUGGAUGAUGAUGCUUCAAUUAUUAGCUUUGAACAAAACCACCUAAACUCAUUGGAUAAGUAUUUGCAAGAUAGAUGGAGUGGCUCUUCAAGCUUUGAUUAGCUUCUUUUUUUAUAUAUUUUGUAUGAUUUGAUUUUUUUUUUUUUUUGGAAAUAUUUUAAUGUUUUUUCUUACUUGAAUUUGUACAGUGAAUAAUGGUAGUUCUUUGAGCUGGAUGGGCCAAGAACAACCAUAGUUGGAUGAGAUGUUGAGAAUAAAACAAGCUUGAAUGAAAGUAAUUGUAAUUUUUUUGGCUU